AUGGCGGACCGCUUUGCGGCUCUAGCCGGCUACGAUGCCGGUUCCAACUACGACUCGACGGUCGAGCAGAGUCUAGCGGCUGCUGCUAGAGAAGAUCUGCCCGGCCUCGAAACUGUUGCCAGCAUCAACAUCGACCUCCCACCGUCCAAACCGCUCAACAGCACAUUCGGAAAAUCCAAAAAGCCAAGUGCAGCGGCCGAGCGCGCGAGGAGGAUCACUUCAGGCCCCAUCGACCUCGCUGCUGCUCCCUCGGCUCGUUCACGCACUCCGCCUCCGCACGAUUCAUCCGCCACAUCCUCGAACAAGGAGAACGCGCGUCACGAUGAGCCUCCUUCCACGCAGCGCAAGCAGGACCAGCGAAGGCACUACGGCGUCCGCAUCGCCGACGACGACACUUUCGAAGAGCUCGAGGACAGCCUGCAAAAUGGACAUCAGCAGGACGAACUCAAGCGCAUGCAGCAAGACAUGUCGCAGGGCGGCGAUUCUCUGCUAGCUGCUUCCCCAGGAAACGACUCGGGUCAAUGGGGUGCCCGUGCCAUGCGAAGGCGUUCCGCUGCAGGCGUGUCUAUGAAGUCGGCUCAGGAGAAGAUCAACAGUCUCACGCAGGAGCGCGACGAGCUCAAGAUUGUCGUCGAUCUUUUGCGUGAAAAGGUCUCGCUCGAUGACCGUCUCGCCGAGCUGAUAGUGCUCAAGAAGGAGAAGCUCUCGUACACCAACAAGAUGAUCGCGCAGCAGGCCAUGCUCAAGCAGCAGGAUCGCGCCAUCAAGGUGCUGCAGAAGGAGCAACAGCAAUGGAAGGGCACCAAUCCGGCCGAAUACGAAAAGCGCAUCGCCGAGCUUCAAGCCAAAUUGCUCGCCGCCAACAACAAGGCCGAAGACGACAGACGCGAAAAGGUGCGUCUCCAGGACGAGCUCGACUUUGUCAAGCGCAGGGGCCCACCACCCGGCGACAGCAGCCGCGGUGGCGAUGAGACCUCUGCCACGUCGCUCGGCGACUCAACGCGCCUACGCCAACGCAUCGAUGCGCUGCGCGACGAGCACGAGGACGAAAAGUACGAGCUGCGUAGAGAACGCGACGAGGUGCAGGAACAGCUCGAACUAGCCCGUGACGAGAUUGACCGUCUGCGCUCGGACCAGCGACGCGCCUCUUCGCCUGGCGAGACGUCUCACUACCAGCGCAACAUUGACGACCUCGAGCAGCAGCUUACGGCGCACAAGACCGAGAAUGCCAAGAUGCUCGAGCGCCAUGCUCAAUUGAUGGCAGAUAUCGAGCAGCACAAGGACGAGGUGUACGAGCUGCGUUCGUCCGAAGAAGCACUUCAGCGGGAGCUCGAUGUGGCGAAUCAGAGGCUCGAGCAUGCCAACAUUACGCAGGAGGACGAGGCGGUGCGCUUUGUCGAGGCGGAGCGUCUGGCUGCAGAGCGGUUCCAGGAUCAAAUCGACAAGCUGCGUGACGAGCUCGCCUCGGCACAGCUUCAGAUCGAUGGCAAGGAAGCCGAGCUGGAAAGACUCGAUGCCGAGUUGCAAGACGUCACCGCCAAGGUGGCCGACCUGGAGUACGAGCUGCGCCAAGCCGAGAACCUGCUGGAGGAGCAAAAGGUGCAACUCGAAGGCGUCGAAGCUGAAGCGGACGAGCUUGACCGCCAAGUGCAGGCCUUCAAGCAGGAAGCGGACGAACUGCGUGCGGAGACCGACGAGCUGCACAAGGAGCUGGACGCAAAAGACGCCGACCUUGCCGAGACCAACAAGGAGAUGCAAGAAAUGUCCAACCGCAUGUUUGGCCUCGAGGAGGAGCUCGAAGCGCGCGCCGACGAGAUCAAGCAGCUCGACGAGGAGAUUGCCAAGGUCGAAGAGGCGCUGCAGCAGGCGAAUGAGAAGCACGAGCGGUACACGGGCGUGUUGAAGGACAAGCUUGCCGCUACGACGCAGGAGCUGACUGGAACACAGGGCCAGCUGGAAGCGACGCUGGGCGAGCUCGACGCGAUGCGCGAUGAAGCCGACUCGUAUGCGCGCGAGGUGGAGCAGCUGACGGCGGAACGCGCGCGCCUGGAGGAGCUCAACGCCAAAUUGGACGCCAAGGUUUCCGACGUGGUCGAGGACCUCAAAGCCGAGGAGCGCGCGUUGGACGACGCGCACGCGGAAUGGGAGCGCAAGCUGGAAGAGACAGAGGAGCGCAUGGCGCGCGUGGUCCGCGACAAGGACGAAGCCAUCCUCGCGCUGGAAAAGGAGCUCAACCAGAUGGAAGACGACCUCGCCACGCGCAAGUCGGACGUGCAAACGCUCCAAGACGCACUGCGCGCCAAGGAGAACGAGUCGUUCCGCAUGGGUCAGAGCUCGGCCAACGACAAGUACAGUCUGGAGCUCGAGAUCGACCGGCUCAAGCGCGAUCUCGCGCGCUGCGAAGAUGACCUGGCACGCGCACGCAAGGAACUCGACCGCAAGGACGACGCGCUCCGGCAGAAGGAGGAUUCGUUGGCGGCGCUGCAUUCCGAGCUGCGCGAGGCGCAGGCCAAGCUCGCGAGCGAGAUGCAAACGCACAUGGGUCUAGCGGAGCGGUUCGAGGCGCAGCAGGGCGCGAUCCGGGCGGAGCGCAAGGAGCUCGAGGCGGCUCGUGCGAAGGUGGAGCAGUUGGAGUACGAGUUGAACGAUGGAGAGCGGGCGACGUUGCGGACGGAGCAGGCGACGAGGGAUGCGCUCAACCAGCGCAACACGUUGCUCCUGACGAUAUACCAGCAGAUGGGCAAGAUCUUGGCGUCUUCCUCGAACGAUGGGUCGUCGUCGACGCCUCGAAAGCGCGAGGCCGAGUUGAAGCCGUUUACCAACUUUGACGUGUUCCACUCGAGUCUGCUCGGCCGGCUGCGUCGGGUGUUUGACACACAGCUCGGGAUCGAUCAGAAAGCGAAAGAGCUGGAGAGCAAGCUGAUGGAGAAAUACACGGCGCUCAAGCGACAGCAAGACACGCGCUUCCGGCAGAUCGACCGGUUCGAGGCGUCGGUCAAAGUGGCGGCGGACAAGCAGGGGCAGUGGCGCCAGCGGCUAGUCUCCAAACAGGCCGAGCUCGAUGCGGUCAAGGCGACCAACGCUGAGCUGCUGCAGCAGAUUUCGUCGCUCAAGACGCGCUCUUCGCUGUCGACGCCGGGAGACAACAACAAGCUUACCGCACUCACGACGCGCGCCAACACGGCCGAGCGCCGUCUGGCGACCGCGCUGACCCAGGCGUCGCAGGCCGAGGACCGGCUCGCCGAGGCCAAGACCAAGUACGGCGAGGGCGAGGGCAAGUGGGCGGCGCGCAUCAAGGAGCUCGAGCUCAGGUGCAAGGCCGCCGAAGAGCGCGUCAAGCGUGAACGCCAGGGCGCCAAGGAGCGCGUCGCCGAGCUCGAGGAGAUCCGGCGCAAGCUCGAGAAGGACCUCGACGCCGCCAUGAAGCGCAACCGCCUCGUCGGCGAGCUGCAGGCAAAUGUCAGGAACAUCGACUGA